AUGUUGGCAGUGCGCCUAGCCCGCGGCCUAAGGCCGGGCAACCCGGUGCGCCCCCUGAAAGAAAAGAAGGGUCCGAGUGAUGCGAUACGAUAUGAGUUGAUUGACUUUUAUACUUACGGAGUGAGUGCAACUUAUAUUCGCUUGAAUUUGGGUUUUGAGUUUUUCUACAGCAAAAAUGGCUUGAAUUUGGUCGUGGACCCCAGCGGCAAAUUGCUGAAUCGGAGAAAGGUGUGCAGCCGCAAGGAUGUGAUCGCCAAUCCGAGAGUGACCAAAUUCAAGCACCUUGCUCGCCGUGCCCGAUCAUCGCACCAAGCCCAGCUCCGAGAGCUCAAGAAUGAGUUAUCUGGGCUUCUUAAGGACGUUGAUUCGGAGUCGGAGGAUGAGGACGAGGGCAACGAGAGUGACGAAGACGACAGCGAGGCUCUGUCCAGCUUGGCUGACCAUGAUAAGGUUGCAAGUUCCAGCUGCUCUGUUGCCACCCCGCCUUUGCACAUCCCGAGUCUGAGUGGUGAGAUGCAGCAGGUCUUGGCCAAGCUGCAGAAAGCCAGUCGACGUGAGCAGCCAGAUCUAGAAGCAGCAGCCGAGCGACAGGCUUCCGAACCUGUUGCUCCGGAAACCAAGAAGAAGCCUAAGAAGGUCAAGGGUCAGAUUGAGGAGAAGCUGUUUCCUGAGAAGGAUUCUUGUCCGAACCAUAUGAGAGUCAGUUUGUGGGCCAAGGAUGAUGUGACUGGCCCGGAAGGUGAUGAAGCAGAGCAGAGCAGCAAGAAGAAACCCCCCAAAAAAUCAAAAAAGAAGCAGCAGAAGAACAAGGAGAUCAAGAAACCGAACAAAGAGAUUGAGAAGGAAAACGGGGGCUCGAACAAUGGCAACGCAGAGGAGCCGCACGCGAUCACCCGCAUGAAGAAGAACAUGGCGCCCGACUGCUUGUAUGUCCCUGGAUCUUACAAGGAAGCCAGACUCAGGUACAUCAAUAGAAAGCGAGAGAAGGGAUGGUCCUGGAAGGAAGCGUGCGCGAAGUGGAAUGGCAGUGCCAUUCGAGCAUCGUGGCUCGAGGGCUUAUCUACCAAUGAACUGAAGAGACGCCGAUUCAUCUAG